UUUAUUUUUCUCUCCAUUUUGUUUUAUCCAUACUUCAUUUUUUAUUUUGUUAUGAGGAAAAACAAGAAAAAAAAAAACAGGAAAAAAAAAUCCUCAUCUGGCUGGUCCAUGCUGCCUCAGCACCAACUGGGCUCCUCCUCCAUCUCCUCUCUCCUCCCUCCAACAUCUCCUAUUGAUAGGAAAGGGCAGAAGCCAUGAGCUAUAUAACAGGCUCACAAGUUUACCUACCUACCUACAUGUUGAUAUCCCUGUUGUCUCUUGGGAAGAAGACUUCUGAUCUCAGACCAGAGAACACUGUCGGCAGCAUGACUGAUAAAAGGGAGAAGAUGAUCAGCAGCAUCCUGCCUCUCAUCAGCCUGACCUGCUGUGUCUCUGGAUCAUUUGUAGUGAAUGUGACACAGACCUCCUAUCAGGCAGAGGAGAACCACAACAUCACACUGGAGUGGACGUUCACAACCAGAACCGACAGUUCCCCCAACUCACUUUAUAUCUACUGUGAACUGUCAGCUGAUCUCAGACCCUUAGUCCUGUUUCAUCUCCAUGAAGGUGUUGAGGUCCCAGAGUCUCAGGAUGAACAGUUUGCAGGACGAGUCCGGUGUGACAAAGACGUCCUCAGAGAAGGACGACUCAGACUUCACGUGUCCAGACUCAGGACUGAUGACUCGGGUCCAUACCGGUGUGACGUGCUCACAGGUUAUGGUGGGAAGUCUAGGAUAUGUCGCCUCAAUGUCACUGGUGAGUUGACAGCAGCUCCUGAUGAGCCCAGACCUCAGAGACCAACAGUGAGUCCACAACCAGAGAGUCUGGGAAGGAUCGGCCUCUACGUUGGACUGGGACUGGGACUGAGCUCUCUGUGCUGGACUCUGCUUUGCCUUCAGACAUUAUUUACUAAAUCUACUGAUAAGAAGGGAAACAUCUGUGCAGUCGUAUAG